GAGCUGAUGCAACAGAACGGGAUUGGGUAUGUGUUAAACGCCAGCAGCACGUGCCCAAAGCCUGACUUCAUCCCUGACUCCCACUUCCUGCGAGUGCCUGUGAAUGACAGCUUCUGUGAGAAGAUUUUGCCAUGGCUGGACAAAUCGGUGGACUUCAUUGAGAAAGCAAAAGCCUGCAAUGGCUGUGUCCUCGUGCACUGCCUGGCCGGGAUCUCCCGCUCCGCCACCAUCGCCAUCGCCUACAUCAUGAAGAGGAUGGACCUGUCUUUAGAUGAGGCCUACAGAUUUGUGAAAGAGAAGAGACCUACUAUAUCCCCAAACUUCAAUUUUCUGGGCCAGCUCCUGGACUACGAGAAGAAGAUAAAGCAGCAGCCCGGCACGUCAGGGCCGAAGAGCACGCUCAGGCUGUUGUACCCGGAGAAGCCACACGACCCUGUCCCCACAGUCCCAGAAGGAGGGCAGAAGAGUGAGCAGCCCCUCAGUCCACAUCCACCCUGUGCCAACUCUGCUACCUCAGAGGCAGCAGGGCGCAGGCCCGGCAUCCAGCCACUGCUCUUGGACAGUCCACUGGCACAUGCGCUUGGCGGGCUCCACCUGUCCUCAGACAGGCUGGAGGACAGCAGCAAGCUCAAGCGCUCCUUCUCUCUGGACAUCAAGUCGGUCUCCCACUCAGCCAGCAUGGCCGCAUCCUUGCAUGCCUUCUCCUCGUCAGAGGACGCUCCUGAAUACUACAAACCCGCCGCCACUCUCGAUGGGACCAACAAGCUCUGCCAGUUUUCCCCAGUUCAGGAAGUGUCAGAGCAGAGCCCAGAAAGCAGCCCUGACAAGGAGGAGGCCCACGUUCCCAAGAAGCCCCCACCUCCCAGGCCUGCAGACAGCCAGAGCAAGCGGUUGCACUCAGUCAGAACCAGCAACAGCGGUGCCGCCCAACGGUCCUUCGUCUCCCCACUGCACCGAAGUGGGAGCAUGGAGGACAAUCACCACCCCAGCUUCCUUUUCGGCCUUUCCACCAGCCAGCAACACCUCACCCAGUCUGCCACCGGGCUGGGCCUCAAGGGCUGGCACUCGGACAUCUUGGCUCCGCAGACCUCCGCCCCCUCCUUGACCAACAGCUGGUACUUUGCACCAGAGCCAUCGCACCUGUACCCAGCCUCAGCCAUCUAUGGGGGUGCUGCUGCCUACUCUGCCUGCAGCUGUAGCCAGCUGCCCACCUGCAGCGACCAGGUCUAUUCCGUGCGUAGGCGGCAGAAACCCAGCGACAGAGCGGACUCCCGGCGGAGCUGGCAUGAGGAGAGCACCUUUGAAAAGCAGUUCAAGCGCAGAAGCUGCCAGAUGGAAUUUGGAGAGAGCGUUAUGUCGGAGAGCAGGUCGCGGGAGGAGCUGGGGAAGGUGGGCAGCCGCUCCAGCUUCUCGGGCAGCAUGGAAAUCAUCGAGGUGUCCUGAGAAGAGACCCUCUGACUUCUGGUGACAGCUUUUUUCUUGUUCACAAAAAAUGUUCCCUGUAAAUCUGAAAUCUAUGUAUGUACAUACAUAUAUAUUUUUGGGAAACGGAGCUCUGGUGUAAAAGUGAAGAUGGAUCUGCAUAGUUGUUCUCGACAUCUGCACGGUGUUUCUCUUGACAAACAUGGAAGGGCAGACGCCGGAGCCCUGCCCGUGGAGCGUUGUCUCGCUCCCCAAAAGCAGGUUCACCUGACAUUAGAGGACAGAGCCCUGGCCGUUUUCAUUGUUACUCAGAUCUCCAAACCCGCCUCUGUCCAGUCCCUCCUGCAGCGCACCUUACGCUGAGCCUGAGCCAGCCUGGGGGUCAGGUGGGGAGACCCUCUUAAGAGAAGUGAUCCUGUCCAAAGCUGAUUCACAAAGCCAAGCUCACCCCACAGCUGAGUGAUUCAAGCAUCGUUCUGCUGGACGGACCAUUAGGGCCUUGCCCAGAUGUACUCUAGAACAAACCCAGUACCUCAGACAUGACAGUCGGGCCUUCCACCACCACCAGCACGUCCGCUAGUCCCUUUCUAGGCAUUGUGAGUAGGUAGGUAGGUAGCCAGUCACACUUUGCAGACCAGUUGUGACAGUCUGUGUGCAAAAUUCCAGUUGGGCCUGGAGGGAGUGGUUAACAUUUGUUUCCUCUUCUCAGCUUUAGAGGAGAAAAUCCUAGGAUUCAACUUAGGAACCCGGCAUGAUGAUUUAAGCAAGGUUGGGAGGCUGAGCAAGUCUACCUCCCUCUUCCAAAAUCAAAGCAUUGUUCCAAUGGGAUUACCAGUCCUUAACUGAAGGGUAGAUUGCUUUAAAGUGAAGUGAGGACUGUUUGCAUUAUAGCAGCACCGUCAUGUUCUCGGCCGAAGUGGGUGGUUUCCAUUUCUGUUCCACCGCCUGAGGCACGUGAGAAUGCAACACGGCGGAUUUUAUAGGGAACCUCCUAGUGAGAAGGACCAUGGAACAUUCGGGAAGGUGAAAUGGCCAAGGACAAGCUUCCUCUCCUCAGCAUGUGAGGAACGGGUACUUCCCUAAAUUACCUUCCUCAGACUUCCAAAUUUACCAUAGGGCCGAUGCAGAGUACACCAGAGCAGGAAGGCGGGGAAAGCGGUUGAAUUUUCUUUCGAGGUGAGUAGAGUGCAAAGCCAUAACCUAGAGAUUUUCAAAAACUAUCCCCAGCACAGGUUGAGUAGAAGGGAUGUGAAGAGAAAGCAAGAGCAAGGUGGCUUCCGGUCCUCACCUACAAUCACUGUAUGGACUCAAGCCGGCAGCUGAGCUUAGUGACAGGACGCAUCUGCCUUACACUUCCUGGCCCGAGUUUUACCCACUACAGCAUUUUGGGAGGUGGGGACGUAGGGAAGGGGUUGUCCUUUGCUUAAGUGUAGCUAGGUGCUGACUCUUACCUCAGGUUUUUCAGUCUGAGAAGUGGAUAGUUCUUUGUCUAGGAUGUGACUUAAGUGUUUCCUAUGGUGACUGCUAAAACCAGCAUAGAAGGACACAAUUCAGAAGUGGCUUGGUCAUGAGGACUGUGAGUCUCACGUCCGUGUGCGGAAGUGCUGCGAUGUGAUGUGAGACAGGCAGGAGCACGUGACCAUGCUGAGAAGUUCUGUCAUACACACUUAAACCUUUAUGUAAUCAAGCGUUCUCAAGGUAUACACACAGCAAAUGUAACAGCUCACCACUUCCAGAAUCUGGUCACAUCUGUCACACAUCUUUCAGAGAUGAAAGCAGUAGCUCCAUCGAUCAGUACGUUCAGGAGAGCUGGGGAACCUGAUUAAUGACAUCUUUAGGCAAAACUUCCUUGUGUCAUUAGGGUUUCUCUUGGCCAGGGUCACCUUCCUUCCCAUGACUGACGUAGCCACACACUACAGCCAUCAGUCCUUCGUCACUAACAUCAGAUAAUCAGAUCUUGGCAUGAGGACUGUCCUGGAGCUGCAGGUGUGGGUGGUACGGCUGGCUCUCAGCUCUCCUCAGCAGGUAGGGAGUCAUGGGGAAUCUGGAAUCCUCGGGGGUUGCAGGAUGGUGAUGUGAAAGAGCAAAGCUAGACGGCUGUGAGAAAUGCGGGGAGAUGGUUCAGGACAUUUGUAAACUUAGGUGGAAAGCCUGUAUAAAUGUUUAAUAUGAAUAUAGUGUUCGUUUGGAGUGAGGCAAGCUGUUGAAUGGUUAAUUGUGCAUUUCUCAUUGAUGUGUCAUGUAUGUUAAUAUGAUGAAAUAAAAUCAAAACUGGUACCUGUUUCUACAUGAAUGAGUAAGGGCCUCUCUUUGCAGCUAUAAACUCGGUGGGAACAGCAAUACCUAUGUGUGGAACCUGUCCUGUCCUCCCAGAGGCAGUAGUGCAAAGAAAAGUGGUGCUCUCACGGGUCACCGGCUGACACUCCAGUGCCUGCCUGCCACCUUUAACGUGCAU